CGGAUCACUUCCUGUUUACAGUGUACGUAACGACGACCGCAGUCUGAGGCCCCGCCCACUCCCAUUGACGGCAAAAUGGCGACGGAGAAUUGUGAUGCUGUGAACAUGGACCCUGACAUCGAACUGCUCAGUGACGAGGAGAUAGAAAGGGAUGCAGAGGCCUUCAAGGAGCAAGGCAAUGCUUUUUACAUCAAGAAGGACUACACAGAGGCAUUCAAUUAUUACACCAAGGCUAUUGAUAUGUGUCCAAAAAACGCAAGCUACUACGGAAACCGGGCGGCCACGUUAAUGAUGCUGUGCCGAUACAGGGAGGCUCUGGAGGACUCCCAGCAAGCAGUGCGGCUAGACAACAGCUUUAUGAAAGGACAUCUGCGAGAGGGUAAGUGCCACCUCUCGCUUGGCAAUGCUAUGGCUGCCAGCCGCUGUUUCCAGAGAGUUCUGGAACUGGAGCCAGAUAACAGCCAAGCCCAGCAGGAGCUAAAGAAUGCAGAGUCCAUCCUUGAAUAUGAGAGAAUGGCAGAGAUUGGAUUUGAAAAGAGAGACUUCAGAAUGGUUGUCUUCUGCAUGGACCGGGCCUUGGAGUGUGCAUCGGCUUGUCACAAGUUUAAGAUAUUGAAGGCAGAGUGUUUAGCCCUGCUGGGACGAUACCCAGAGGCGCAGUCUGUCGCCAGUGACAUACUCCGAAUGGACUCCACCAACGCAGAUGCUCUGUACGUGCGAGGUCUCUGUCUCUAUUAUGAGGAUUGCAUUGAUAAGGCUGUUCAAUUUUUUGUCCAGGCCUUGCGUAUGGCUCCUGACCAUGACAAGGCUCGACUCGCAUGUAGAAAUGCCAAAGCAUUAAAAGCCAAGAAGGAAGAAGGGAACACAGCGUUCAAGGAGGGAAACUUUGAGGCAGCUUAUGAUUUGUACUCGGAGGCCCUGACAAUAGACCCAAACAACAUCAAGACUAAUGCCAAGCUGUACUGUAAUAGAGCCACAGUUGGAUCUAAGCUGCAGAAACUAGAACAGGCCAUUGAAGAUUGCACAAAGGCCAUAAAACUGGAUGAGACCUACAUAAAGGCCUAUUUAAGGAGAGCACAAUGCUACAUGGACACAGAGCUGUACGAAGAGGCAGUGAGGGACUAUGAGAAGGUCUACCAGACAGAAAAGACAAAAGAACACAAACAUCUCCUCAAAACAGCUCAACUGGAGUUAAAGAAAAGCAAGCGGAAAGAUUACUAUAAGAUACUCGGCGUGGAUAAGAACGCCACCGAGGAGGAGAUCAAAAAAGCGUACCGUAAACGUGCACUUUUACAUCACCCAGACCGUCACAGCGGCGCUAGUACCGAGGUGCAGAAGGAAGAGGAGAAAAAGUUUAAGGAAGUGGGCGAGGCUUUCAGCGUGCUUUCGGACCCAAAGAAAAAGGCCCGCUAUGACAGCGGACAGGACCUCGAGGAUGACGGCAUGAAUAUGGGAGACUUUGAUGCCAAUAACAUUUUUAAGGCGUUCUUUGGAGGACCAGGGGGUUUUAGCUUUGAAGCAUCUGGACCAGGAAACUUCUUCUUCCAGUUUGGUUAGUUGGAGGCAACGUCUGCAUAAACAGCAUCUAAAUCAGGACUUUUGUACAAUAUCAACCCCUCUACGCACCAUCUGUAUUUAACGACUGGCUAAACGUCAGUCUCGUCUAUGCCAUUGACUGAAUGAAUGCAACCUAAUGACCACAUGCGGUUAAUUAUUUACAGCAAGGACACCAAGAUGACUCAGAUUGAUUAUUGCUACUGGUUUUUGAUUUUAUUUUCCUUUUAAAAUAAAACUUAAAAUCAGUAACAACUACCAACAACAGUCCAAAUAUUGUGUGGAGUUUUGUUGGAGAAAUUGUGCAGCAAAUGUAUCAGAGCAUACAGAAAGUGUCAUCCUGGGGAAAUUGUUGAGAUGCAACACCUAAUCCAGCAAGCUGUUAUUUCACUCACUUUUCUGCUGAUGGAGUGUUCUCUACAUGUACGGUAACUUGAUCAAUGGUUUCUUAGGAAAAUCACUGAGCAAGUCCCACCUUCCACAGGUUUCGAAGAACCUGACAGCGGGCUGCUACAAAUUCCCACUAAAGCCUGCCUGCUUGUCAUAGGAUAUACUUUUUUUAAGCAGAAAACAGCUGCAGCUCUUGACCAAUACAGAUGCCAUGGCCAAAGCACACGAGAGAGAUGGCAGUGGAGACAGUAGUGCUGGCUUUGUUGCUGGCCAAGUCACCUCUCCUUUUUGUCAUCACAUGUUUUACGUUUGGUGUUGCCAGUCAAAGCUUGCUGCAAUGUACAUUUUACUGGAAUGUAAAGUGUUAAUUUGUGAUGUUGAAGUUUUUUAUUUUCAUUUCUAUAUUUAUUGUACCUUUGACACUUCUGUUUCAAAAAAGAAAAUGUAUGAGCCUUUCUGCAGGAAGUUAAUUGAUUUGCUAGGUUUGCUUGAAGUCUGCUAAAAUGGGUCUACGUUACUAGAGUUUCAGGCAAGCCAACUAGUUUUAUUUAACAUAAGAGGUAAUCGCAACGAGGAGUCAUAUCAUUAAACUGCAGAUUUUUUAGUAUGUGUUGGCUAAGAUAGUCAGACUCUGGAAUAUUUGAAACCUGGCAAAUUUUAGUUUCUUCCUGAUUAAAACUAGAAGUCUGUUCUCAUCUUUGCCCUCUCUAAACCAUCAUUUCUUUAUCUUUAAACAGUACCAGCUGUGUCAAUAAAGAUGGCCUUCUCUGGGUUUCCCCGAAA